AUGGGCAAAAAGGAAGAUGACACUAAUUCACAAACUAGAAAUUAUAAUGCAGGGGAACCUGAAGAAGAUGCUCUUUUAGUUUGUGGGAUGCUACAUCUGGUAGAUACUGGAAAGGUGGUAAAUGGCACAUUUAAAAAUGGAGCUUUUCAAGAUUUACACAAAUACAUGCAAGAAAGGUUACCUGAAUUUUCCAAGAAGGCUAAUCCUCAUAUUAAGUCAAGGCAUAAAUAUGUUAAAAAACAAUAUCAAGCCAUUUGUGAAAUGCGAGGAGACAGUUGCUCAGGAUUUGAAUGGGAUUCGAAACGAUAUUGUAUCACUGCUGAUGAAAGUGUUUUUGAAGAAGUUAAGUUUCAUCCUAAUACCCAUGGACUUAUAAACAAGCCAUUUCCCUAUUUUGACCAACUUGCUCGAAUAUUUGGCAAAGAUCAAGCAAUUGGAGCGGCAGCGGAUUCUCCUGCAAAUGUUGUUGAAGAGCUUGAAAGAGAAGAACAAAUGCAAGGAUUACAUUCUAUGCAUAAUGUUUCCUCACACACCUUGUUAGAUGAUGAGAAUGAGGAAAUACAAUCACAAUUCAUGACCAAUGAUUCACCAAAUAACCAUAAGGCAAGUCAUGUUGCUUAUUCUACAUGCAACCAAAAUGCAAACCAAGCUGGCCCAUCUACUUGUCAACAACAACAUGCCAAAAAGAAGCAAAAAACUUCUGAUACCAAGAUGCUCAUGGAAUCUUUUUCUUGUCAAAUGUCUAAACUAAAAGGUGUCUUGAAGGGUGCAGGUGAGCAUAUCUCUAAACUUGCUGAUUGUUUUCAACAUAAACAAGAUGCAGCUAUGAGAAGGAAGAAGAUAUAUGAGGAGCUGAAAAAGAUUGAUGACAUUCUGAAAUUCAAAGAUUGGCUAUGA